AUGGAACAGGAAACACCCUACCAAGACAUCAUGGAACAGGAAACACCCUACCAAGACAUCAUGGAACAGGAAACACCCUACCAAGACAUCAUGGAACAGGAAACACCCUACCAAGACAUCAUGGAACAGGAAACACCCUACCAAGACAUCAUGGAACAGGAAACACCCUACCAAGACAUCAUGGAACAGGAAACACCCUACCAAGACAUCAUGGAACAGGAAACACCCUACCAAGACAUCAUGGAACAGGAAACACCCUACCAAGACAUCAUGGAACAGGUAACACCCUACCAAGACAUCAUGGAACAGGAAACACCCUACCAAGACAUCAUGGAACAGGAAACACCCUACCAAGACAUCAUGGAACAGGAAACACCCUACCAAGACAUCAUGGAACAGGAAACACCCUACCAAGACAUCAUGGAACAGGAAACACCCUACCAAGACAUCAUGGAACAGGAAACACCCUACCAAGACAUCAUGGAACAGGAAACACCCUACCAAGAUAUCAUGGAACAGGUAACACCCUACCAAGACAUCAUGGAGCAGGAAACACCCUACCAAGACAUCAUGGAACAGGGAACACCCUACUAA